CGUGAACCUGAGAAGUGCAACAGCAAAGAUGCUACUCAAUCGCACAAGAGUAUGGCUCGAUUCCUGGUGCCAGACAGAGUCUGCUUGCUUGUUCUCGUGGAGCAUUACCUGGACGGACACCUAGGAGCCAACGCAAGGCUCGCAGUGCUGAGCUUUCUAUCUACACGUAUACACACUUCGAUCGACGACGUGAAGUCGACCAAGUCCCGCAGCCAACGAUUCCAAAGUGGUCGCGACGCCAUAGAUGGAGCCUUCAGCGCACUCACUCAAUCAGCUGCAGUAUUGCCCGGUAGAACUGUCUACGACGUGUUUCUUCAGCGGUUGUGGCGUCUAGACGGUCUGGACGCUUUCCGUGAACUAUUUGAGCGCAUUCCCAACUGGAUUCGAGCUGUCGGAGAGGCUAGCAAUAGCAAAACUAGACUGUCCCGCGUUUCGCCGUUGGGCCAGUUCGUACGCCGAUGUUGCGUUGAGUUUACGCGACUUCAGUUUCCUGAUGUGCAAAGCCUCUGGACCAGCUUCUGCGCAUAUAGAGCUCCUAGCUGGAAGUCUUGGGCGCUCCGUCAUCCUGACGAAGCAGCGCGGUACGAUGCCAUUUCAGCUAGUUCUAACGGCGUGCUGGAUCCAUCAUACGAGCAUGUUGGGGCCAGAGAAGCAAGCUACAUGAGUGUCGAAGAUGCGAAUGAGCUAACCACAUUCUGCAUUCAGCAUCUCCAGAAACUCGGUGGUCGUGUACCGGAAGAUCUUCGUACAGCCUUGCAAAGCUGGAUUGAUCAGCAGCAUGAUGCUGGGAGCAGUUCUUUACAGUACUUUCUGGCAUUCUUCGAGCAGUGGAAGGCUGGCCAAUACAGCGGCGCCGUAGAAAGUCUGCAUCGGUACUUUGACUAUUCGCUAGCAUCGAAAGCCGCAAACGGAUCCUCAGAUAACCCGAGGAUGUACUACCAAUAUGCGCUGCUGCACCUGAGCGUCCUACAUGCGGACUUCGACUGUUGGGAUGAGAGUGUCGAAGCAAUGGACGAGUGUAUUGCGACUGCGCGCGAAAACCAGGACACGGCAUGCCUUAACUUUGCGCUAUCAUGGCUGCUCUAUCUGCGGCAAGCCAUGCCUGAUAGUCGCCAUGCCACAUAUAAAACUGUGUCCUCCUCUGUCGGCAGCGUGACAAGCGAGCAGGACGAGCUCAUAUUCCUCAAGGCGAAAGCUCGAGAGACGAAGCAUUGGUCGCUAUUAAGCAGCACGCUGCUGGAGGAAUCGAAGCUCAUGAUGUACACUCACAACCAAAACAUUGGAACUCGUCACACAAUCUGCGUUUCUGAACGUUCAGCACGAUCUGCGCACCGUCAUGCCUGCAACAGCACUGUUCGGUAGUGUUGUUCUUGACCGCCUGGGACUGUCACAUCUUGCAAGCAAAGCCUACAACUCCAUCACGAUUAUAUACGGCGAAUCUGCGCCAUUGACCGAUCGCGUGCGCUCGACAUGUCGCAAAGCGUACAACUUAGCACAGUGCGGGCGAUAUACAGCAGCACUGAGGAUGUUGCAGGUGAUGUUGUCGUCAAUUGGUGGUGUCCUCAAGCUGGAGCAUCGAGUUUCAUGCUUCAUCUCAUUGGUACAUCUCAUGGAGAGUGUUCGCGGGUGAGACAUCAUCA